AUGGCACGAGUGCUGAAGGUGGCGGCAGCGAGCGCCGCAGGCCUUUUCCCCAGACUUUGGACUCCAGUUUCAACAGUAAGAACUUGCCCGUCGCUGUCCUCACAUCCAGGGGCUGGCCCUGUAUGGAACCUGGGUCGACUCAACCAUGUUGCAAUCGCAGUGCCAGACUUGGAAAAGGCCAGAGCAUUUUAUAAAAAUGUUCUGGGGGCCGAGGUGGGUGAGCCGGUCCCUCUUCCAGAGCAUGGAGUGUCCGUCGUUUUUGUCAACCUGGGAAACACCAAGAUGGAGCUGCUGCACCCACUGGGAAGUGACAGUCCAAUUGCAGGAUUCCUAAAGAAAAACAAGGCUGGAGGGAUGCACCAUGUCUGCAUUGAGGUGGAUAAUAUAAAUGUGGCUGUGAUGGAUUUGAAAGAAAAAAAGAUUCGUAUUUUAAGUGAAGAGCCCAAAAUAGGAGCACAUGGAAAACCAGUGAUCUUUCUCCAUCCUAGUGACUGUGGUGGAGUCCUUGUGGAAUUGGAGCAAGCCUGA